GUCUCAAAUCAACAAAAUCAUCAGUUGUUCUUGUCGGUUGAAUCGUUGAUAGUUUCAAACAUUCAAAAGAAUGAACUUUGUUCACGGACUGGCUCUGGCUUUCAUCCUUUUUGAGGGAGUUAUAAUCCAAUGCGAAGCUGCGGGCAGUGAUGAAGAACGUGUUGAAAAGGCAUCGGUGGUUGGUAUCAAUGCAUAUUUGCCAAAUGAUAUAAUCGAAGUUAUACUGUACGAGGCUGGUUUAGAAGCCACAAAAAAUGCGGCACGAGCACAAAUGAAUAUAUCCAGAGUUGUUAUGACCCGAAUUAUUGAAAAACGUAUAGUUGUGAUCGAUCCAGAUGAUCUCUUCGAUGGAACCCAAGAAUAUUACCAGGAUGGUGACUAUUAUCUUGAAAUCGGAAGCUAUGACAGAAUUAUAGAAAUGUUUCAAAAGUUUGGUAAAAAAGUGAAGAGAAUACAUGUUAUUUAUGAUGAAUUAUAUGGUGAUGAUCGUCGUUAUCUAAACGAUUAUGUUAUCAAACCGUAUGUAAAUAAACUGACUGAACUUCGAAUCAAAACUCUAGAUGAUACUGGGCUUUGGCAAGAAAUUUUGAAUCCAGAAAGACAACUUCACUUUCCCAGUGUGAAAAAGUUUGAUUUUUACGGCACAAAUACUAGAGAUUCGUUUAAAUUGGAAUCAAUAUUUCCGAAUCUUGAAAUUUUUAAAUUCUACGGUGCCAUAGUCGAUACAAAUUGCUUGGAAAAUGUGAAGAAUCUAAAAGAGUUGACAUUGCGCACUAGAUCAAUUGCAGAACAACAAUUUGAUCAUAUUUUCGUAAACAAUAAAAACCUAACAAAACUCGCACUUUUGAUGCCGUAUGAAAUGACAACACUUCGCUCGAUCCACAUACAUUUGACCAAAUUGAAAACGCUUAAACUUCGAGAUCCUGGUAGAGGAUUUUUGAUUCGAGCAAAUGAUCCUGUAUAUACUUUGGCAUCGGUGGACUCCUUAGAUGUCAUAUUUGGUAGAAAUAGCGAAUUGGUUGGCCCUCUUUCAUUCAAUAUGCCAAAUGUGACGAAGAUCAGAUUACACGGAAACCGAAUUGAUUCUGAUAUUUCUGGUUUCGUCAGUCAAUUCAAGAAUUUAAAAACUUUAGAAGUAAAAGUAGUUCAUAGAUAUGAUGUUGCACAGUCUAUUGCACAAUUGAAGAAUAUCAAAGAAUUUAUUACAACCAAAUUUGAAAUGAACCUUUUAUCUCAAUUGUACACGUUUUUCCACAAUUUUGAUGAGAAAACGUUCAAAUUGAGAACGAUCAAAUUUUUGAGAUAUAAAAGUGACGAAUUCAAUUCAUAUGAAACAAGAAUGAAUCAAAUUAAUAUUGAAUUGUGGAAAAUUGGGAAAAACACGUGGAAUUUAACGUGCGGAGUUGAAAUGGAUUCAUUAUCAGAAUACUUGAUGUUUGAAUGUAAUUGAAGGUGAUGAAGCUUUUGUUAAGAUUUAUUUUACAACAAAAAAUCGACAAUUGACAUUUGUAUUAAUUAAAGAAAUGAAUAAUAAAAACAGCUACUGAUGGAUGUAGUAUUGUUGUACACUGUAAA